CAUUUCCCGACUCCAUCAAGUCCUCCAAUCUCAUAUUUUUUUUAUCUCACACCACCUACGAUUGAACAUGCUAUCCAUCAAACUGCUCUCGCUUUUGAUAACGAUUGCCCUCCAGGGUCAAGCUGUUCGUGGCGAGUCCCGUCCCGCCAUAUGCACAGACAAGGAUUAUGCCCAGAGUGUAUGUGCUCUUCUCACCUACACCACAGGAGCGAUCGAGAGAUCCCCUGACGUUCCCAAAACUCUGGCAAAAAUCUUGCGUCCCAGCAACCGCUGGGACCGCAAGAGAACUGAACGGAUGGUACUCCCUUCCCAACGUCGCAACCAACCAAGAUGGUUGACACUCCCCCCGUUCUCAGGACGCUUUGGUCCCUCCGACCUCUGGUCAGACGGCCCGAGGACGGCAGUCGAAACCAAGGCGUCCUUUGUGCGUUGUUGUCCUCCUGACGCUUCAUCAUCCAUUGAGAGGACAGUUGAUCAAACCGGACCAUCGGUUUACCGUCGGGGUUCUCUGGACGUGUUCGUCAUGCGUCCGCCAGACGAUUCCAGGGACCUGAUGGGCGACAGGACGUUGGGACACUGCAUUGAGAACGCUAGAGUCCCAUCAACGAUCUUGAGACAUGCUCAAGAACGCCGACGUUUACGCAAUGGUAGCAAACCGCACGUUAAUGGGAAAGUGCAAGUGCUGCCCAUGAAGACAAGUCAGUCUCCGAUGGCAAAUUCUGUGGUUGAAUUGAAUGAUUAA